CAUCUAACUACCUUCCAGGAAUCAUGAACUCCCUGGCAGUUCUCUCGCUUCUGCUGUGCAUCGGAUAUGGUGCUGCAGCUUCGUGCUCCGAUCUAGGAGGGAGUUGUAGAAGAAGUUGCUAUAGUAACGAGCGCAGUGACACAAGCGCGUCUGGUUGUAGAAGUACCAGGGUUUGCUGCGUUGCUGGUGCGGAACCAACAGACUCUCCAGCCGGUGAGUGUGGUCGUGCAGGCCCCGCCCUGCAAAUUGUUGGGGGUGACGAGUCUGUCGCACAUAAGUGGCCUUGGCAGGUAUCUCUGCAAACAACCAGCGAUUAUCAUUUUUGCGGUGGGACCUUAAUCAGUAAUCAAUGGGUCCUCACAGCUGCACAUUGUGUUGAACGAUCAAGACCAAGCUCUGUUCAGAUAGUGCUGGGGGAGCAUCACCAAGCAGAAGAUUCCGGUAUUGAAGUCAAGAUGAGUGUUUCCAAGAUCAUCGAACAUCCACAAUAUAAUGGAAAUGGCGCAGGGUUCCCGAAUGAUAUAGCUUUGCUGAAAUUAAGUGAGGCCGUCAGCUACAGCAGUGAAAUCCAGCCCGCCUGUCUGCCAGCUAGUACUGAUGACUUCCUUGGAAAUAAUGACUGCUGGAUCACUGGCUGGGGCUUGACUCAAGGAACCGGCGACGACCAAGUUCUAAAUGAACUGAACAUAAAGGUCCUUUCUAACGAUGAAUGUGAGAGUAAAUGGGGUUCAUCGUAUAUUAACUCCGGACACAUUUGCCUUGGGAACGGAGUUGCCGGUGCUUGCAACGGCGACUCUGGCGGCCCUCUGAGCUGCAAGGUGGGCCAGCGUUACGUAGUGGCGGGGGCGACCUCUUGGGGGAUAUCUGGCUGUAAGACUGAGGGUUACCCCAGCGUCUACACGCGCACAUCCCAAUUCGUGGACUGGAUACGUACCACCAUGAACAGCAACUGAAAGCCCCAUGCGACGUCCAGACGUUCCUCAAAGCAGAUUGAUAACCUUGGACUGUUUAAGAUUUUCUUCUACAAUGUUGUACUUGAUCCCAGUUCAUAAUAA